AUGAUCCCCCGGCAACCCUAUGCGCCGACACCGCAUAGCUAUAUUCCCAAUACCACGCUAUCGGCAACCAUCAAUCUCGAUGAGGCAACCGACACACGCGCCGAGCGCGACCUGCAAGACUCGCUCGCCGAAAUCUUUAGCAUUAUUGUCACUCUCGACGAGCUCGAGAAGGCUUUCCUGAAAGAUGCGAUCCUUGAGGCCGAUUACACCGAGAUCUGCGAGCGCUCCCUGAAGCAGUACAAGUCCAUCUUAGCAGACGAGACCGUGGCAAAAGCCUUUGUGGGCUUGGAGGAAUUCAAGGCAGAAUGGGAUCUCGAAGUCCCUCGCGCAACAGAGCGCAUCCGCGUCGGCAUGCCCUCGACAACCGUGACAGCCUCAUCAAGCGCUGCUCCGGCUCCCACGGCCGCCGGUAAUACGAGCGGCACGCUCAUUCUGGAAGCGACGCAGGAGUUCAUCACCUUCCUCGACGCCGUCAAGCUGGGCCUGCUCUCCAAGGAUCAGCUGCACCCCUUGCUCUCCGACGUCAUCCAGUCCGUCAACAAGGUCACCGACCGCGACUUUGACAGCAGGGGCAAGAUUGUGCAGUGGCUCAUCACGCUGAAUCAGAUGAAGGCCACGGACGAGCUGAGCGAGCAGCAGGCUCGCGAGCUCGAGAUGGACAUUCAGCAGGCUUACCAGGGGUUCAAGAGUACUCUCACGUAA